AAUACACCUUAUGAGUGUGUCAAUAAACCUCAGAGAAGAAGAAGAGCCGGAGGAAGCUACUUCCGAACACAUCCUCCAGAUGGACAGCUGACUGCACAUCUUUUAUCAAGGGAUUUGAGACAUUUCCAGCGAAAUAUGAUUAAAGCUAUUUUAAUCUUUAACAACCAUGGGAAACCACGACUCAUCAGAUUUUAUGAAUAUUUUGUAAGUACCCAAAUGUACGAACUGCUAACGUUUGUUAGAUAGCCAGCUAGCCAUCCGUUUAUCUUAUUUGCCAGCUGUUAGUGCACUAAUGCUAUGCUAGCUAAAUUGUAUAGCUAGAGGCUAAUUAAUCAAUAAUCUAUUUUGUCAUCAUCAUGAGAUGUGAUUUUAUUGCCAUUUAUAUAGUUAACUAGCUACGUUGAUUUAUAUAUUUGGACAUAGCUACAAAUAUCAAUGUGCACAACAGAUGGGCAACCUUGGGGCUAGUUUGCAACGUCAGCUGUUUUACUGCUAGCUGUUAGCUAGCUAGCUCUUGAAUUUCGAUUUCAAUUAAGUUCUUAGCCAAUUAUCAUAGACAUAUUUCUUCUCAGGCCGAAGAUCUGCAGCAGCAGAUAAUUCGAGAGACUUUCCAUCUGGUGUCGAAGAGGGAUGACAACGUCUGCAACUUCUUGGAGGGGGGAAGGUAAAAGCUAUUGUUAGUAUUACUAGCUGGUUAAAUUAACCAAAAUAUACAUUGUUGAUGAACAAUGAACAAAUCAAAAAAUGCAUUGUUGUCUGCAAAGCAAAUAAACCUAAAUCGUUUAGGAUUCAAUAAAGCAUCCAGGCGGUAGCUAUGGUUUGUAUUGGGGACUGGUACUGUGCUUCUGUGAUGACUUCAUGAUGUAGUUUUAUCUGGGGUUGUUAAAUGAGAAGUAUUGUUUGACAGAAGUGUGCAGCUCAUAUGACCAGCAAUCAAUCAUCAGUUCCCUGGCAGAUGAGUUACGGUUGGACCAAAUCAGACAAUGCAGGAUAGGCUAAUAAUAUUAUUUCUCUAUUUGCAGUUUGAUCGGCGGCUCGGACUACAAGUUGAUCUACCGGCACUAUGCUACGCUGUACUUUGUGUUCUGUGUGGACUCCUCUGAGAGUGAGCUCGGUAUUCUGGAUCUAAUACAGGUGGGUUGGCAACUGUUGCUGAGUUGGUGUGUUACCAUCUAUAACUCUGUUGAACAGUAGGGUUGUAUGGUGUCCACUCACCUCUCCUUUCCCAGACAGUCAGCUGGACGGUCCACUCACCUCUCCUUUCCCAGUCAGUCAGCUGGACGGUCCACUCACCUCUCCUUUCCCAGACAGUCAGCUGGACGGUCCACUCACCUCUCCUUUCCCAGUCAGUCAGCUGGACGGUCCACUCACCUCUCCUUUCCCAGACAGUCAGCUGGACGGUCCACUCACCUCUCCUUUCCCAGACAGUCAGCUGGACGGUCCACUCACCUCUCCUUUCCCAGACAGUCAGUCAGCUGGACGGUCCACUCACCUCUCCUUUCCCAGUCAGACAGACAGUCAGCUGGACGGUCCACUCACCUCUCCUUUCCCAGACAGUCAGCUGGACGGUCCACUCACCUCUCCUUUCCCAGACAGUCAGCUGGACGGUCCACUCACCUCUCCUUUCCCAGACAGACAGUCAGCUGGACGGUCCACUCACCUCUCCUUUCCCAGACAGUCAGCUGGACGGUCCACUCACCUCUCCUUUCCCAGUCAGUCAGUCAGCUGGACGGUCCACUCACCUCUCCUUCCCAGACAGACAGUCAGCUGGACGGUCCACUCACCUCUCCUUUCCCAGACAGACAGUCAGCUGGACGGUCCACUCACCUCUCCUUUCCCAGACAGUCAGCUGGACGGUCCACUCACCUCUCCUUUCCCAGACAGACAGUCAGCUGGACGGUCCACUCACCUCUCCUUUCCCAGACAGUCAGUCAGCUGGACGGUCCACUCACCUCUCCUUUCCCAGACAGUCAGCUGGACGGUCCACUCACCUCUCCUUUCCCAGUCAGUCAGUCAGCUGGACGGUCCACUCACCUCUCCUUUCCCAGACAGACAGUCAGCUGGACGGUCCACUCACCUCUCCUUUCCCAGACAGUCAGCUGGACGGUCCACUCACCUCUCCUUUCCCAGUCAGUCAGCUGGACGGUCCACUCACCUCUCCUUUCCCAGACAGACAGCUGGACGGUCCACUCACCUCUCCUUUCCCAGACAGUCAGCUGGACGGUCCACUCACCUCUCCUUUCCCAGUCAGUCAGCUGGACGGUCCACUCACCUCUCCUUUCCCAGACAGUCAGUCAGCUGGACGGUCCACUCACCUCUCCUUUCCCAGACAGACAGUCAGCUGGACGGUCCACUCACCUCUCCUUUCCCAGACAGUCAGCUGGACGGUCCACUCACCUCUCCUUUCCCAGACAGACAGUCAGCUGGACGGUCCACUCACCUCUCCUUUCCCAGACAGUCAGCUGGACGGUCCACUCACCUCUCCUUUCCCAGACAGUCAGUCAGCUGGACGGUCCACUCACCUCUCCUUUCCCAGACAGUCAGUCAGCUGGACGGUCCACUCACCUCUCCUUUCCCAGUCAGUCAGCUGGACGGUCCACUCACCUCUCCUUUCCCAGACAGUCAGCUGGACGGUCCACUCACCUCUCCUUUCCCAGACAGACAGUCAGCUGGACGGUCCACUCACCUCUCCUUUCCCAGUCAGUCAGCUGGACGGUCCACUCACCUCUCCUUUCCCAGUCAGUCAGCUGGACGGUCCACUCACCUCUCCUUUCCCAGACAGACAGUCAGCUGGACGGUCCACUCGCCUCUCCUUUCCCAGACAGACAGUCAGCUGGACGGUCCACUCACCUCUCCUUUCCCAGACAGUCAGUCAGUUGGACGGUCCACUCACCUCUCCUUUCCCAGUCAGUCAGCUGGACGGUCCACUCACCUCUCCUUUCCCAGACAGUCAGCUGGACGGUCCACUCACCUCUCCUUUCCCAGACGGUCAGCUGGACGGUCCACUCACCUCUCCUUUCCCAGACAGACAGCUGGACGGUCCACUCACCUCUCCUUUCCCAGACAGACAGCUGGACGGUCCACUCACCUCUCCUUUCCCAGACAGACAGUCAGCUGGACGGUCCACUCACCUCUCCUUUCCCAGACAGUCAGCUGGACGGUCCACUCACCUCUCCUUUCCCAGACAGUCAGCUGGACGGUCCACUCACCUCUCCUUUCCCAGACAGUCAGACAGCUGGACGGUCCACUCACCUCUCCUUUCCCAGUCAGACAGACAGUCAGCUGGACGGUCCACUCACCUCUCCUUUCCCAGACAGUCAGCUGGACGGUCCACUCACCUCUCCUUUCCCAGACAGUCAGACAGCUGGACGGUCCACUCACCUCUCCUUCCCAGACAGUCAGCUGGACGGUCCACUCACCUCUCCUUUCCCAGACAGUCAGCUGGACGGUCCACUCACCUCUCCUUUCCCAGACAGUCAGCUGGACGGUCCACUCACCUCUCCUUUCCCAGACAGACAGUCAGCUGGACGGUCCACUCACCUCUCCUUUCCCAGACAGACAGUCAGCUGGACGGUCCACUCACCUCUCCUUUCCCAGACAGUCAGACAGCUGGACGGUCCACUCACCUCUCCUUUCCCAGACAGUCAGCUGGACGGUCCACUCACCUCUCCUUUCCCAGACAGUCAGCUGGACGGUCCACUCACCUCUCCUUUCCCAGACAGUCAGCUGGACGGUCCACUCACCUCUCCUUUCCCAGACAGUCAGCUGGACGGUCCACUCACCUCUCCUUUCCCAGACAGACAGUCAGCUGGACGGUCCACUCACCUCUCCUUUCCCAGACAGUCAGCUGGACGGUCCACUCACUCUCCUUUCCCAGACGUCAGACAGCUGGACGGUCCACUCACCUCUCCUUUACCAGACAGUCAGCUGGACGGUCCACUCACCUCUCCUUUCCCAGACAGACAGUCAGCUGGACGGUCCACUCACCUCUCCUUUCCCAGACAGACAGUCAGCUGGACGGUCCACUCACCUCUCCUUCCCCAGACAGACAGUCAGCUGGACGGUCCACUCACCUCUCCUUUCCCAGUCAGUCAGCUGGACGGUCCACUCACCUCUCCUUUCCCAGACAGUCAGCUGGACGGUCCACUCACCUCUCCUUUCCCCAGACAGUCAGCUGGACGGUCCACUCACCUCUCCUUUCCCAGACAGUCAGCUGGACGGUCCACUCACCUCUCCUUUCCCAGACAGUCAGCUGGACGGUCCACUCACCUCUCCUUUCCCAGUCAGUCAGCUGGACGGUCCACUCACCUCUCCUUUCCCAGACAGACAGCUGGACGGUCCACUCACCUCUCCUUUCCCAGUCAGUCAGCUGGACGGUCCACUCACCUCUCCUUUCCCAGACGACAGUCAGCUGGACGGUCCACUCACCUCUCCCUUUCCCAGUCAGUCAGCUGGACGGUCCACCCUCACCUCUCCUUUCCCAGACAGACAGUCAGCUGGACGGUCCCACUCACCUCUCCUUUCCCAGACAGUCAGCUGGACGGUCCACUCACCUCUCCUUUCCCAGACAGACAGUCAGCUGGACGGUCCCACUCACCUCUCCUUUCCCAGACAGACAGUCAGCUGGACGGUCCACUCACCUCUCCUUUCCCAGACAGUCAGCUGGACGGUCCACUCAACCUCUCCUUUCCCAGUCAGUCAGCUGGACGGUCCACUCACCUCUCCUUUCCCAGACAGUCAGUCAGCUGGACGGUCCACUCACCUCUCCUUUCCCAGACAGACAGUCAGCUGGACGGUCCACUCACCUCUCCUUUCCCAGACAGACAGUCAGCUGGACGGUCCACUCACCUCUCCUUUCCCAGUCAGUCAGCUGGACGGUCCACUCACCUCUCCUUUCCCAGUCAGUCAGCUGGACGGUCCUCUCACCUCUCCUUUCCCAGACAGUCAGCUGGACGGUCCACUCACCUCUCCUUUCCCAGUCAGUCAGCUGGACGGUCCAUUCACCUCUCCUUUCCCAGACAGACAGUCAGCUGGACGGUCCACUCAUCUCUCCUUUCCCAGACAGUCAGCUGGACGGUCCACUCACCUCUCCUUUCCCAGUCAGUCAGUCAGCUGGACGGUCCACUCACCUCUCCUUUCCCAGACAGACAGUCAGCUGGACGGUCCACUCACCUCUCCUUUCCCAGUCAGUCAGCUGGACGUCCACUCACCUCUCCUUUCCCAGACAGACAGUCAGCUGGACGGUCCACUCACCUCUCCUUUCCCAGACAGUCAGCUGGACGGUCCACUCACCUCUCCUUUCCCAGACAGACAGUCAGCUGGACGGUCCACUCACCUCUCCUUUCCCAGACAGACAGUCAGCUGGACGGUCCACUCACCUCUCCUUUCCCAGACAGACAGUCAGCUGGACGGUCCACUCACCUCUCCUUUCCCAGACAGUCAGUCAGCUGGACGGUCCACUCACCUCUCCUUUCCCAGACAGACAGUCAGCUGGACGGUCCACUCACCUCUCCUUUCCCAGACAGACAGUCAGCUGGACGGUCCACUCACCUCUCCUUUCCCAGACAGACAGUCAGCUGGACGGUCCACUCACCUCUCCUUUCCCAGUCAGACAGUCAGCUGGACGGUCCACUCACCUCUCCUUUCCCAGUCAGACAGUCAGCUGGACGGUCCACUCACCUCUCCUUUCCCAGACAGUCAGCUGGACGGUCCACUCACCUCUCCUUUCCCAGUCAGUCAGCUGGACGGUCCACUCACCUCUCCUUUCCCAGACAGACAGUCAGCUGGACGGUCCUCUCACCUCUCCUUUCCCAGACAGUAAGCUGGACGGUCCACUCACCUCUCCUUUCCCAGACAGUCAGCUGGACGGUCCUCUCACCUCUCCUUUCCCAGACAGACAGUCAGCUGGACGGUCCACUCACCUCUCCUUUCCCAGACAGUCAGCUGGACGGUCCCACUCACCUCUCCUUUCCCAGACAGACAGUCAGCUGGACGGUCCACUCACCUCUCCUUUCCCAGACAGACAGUCAGCUGGACGGUCCACUCACCUCUCCUUUCCCAGACAGACAGUCAGCUGGAUGGUCCACUCACCUCUCCUUUCCCCAGACAGUCAGCUGGACGGUCACUCACCUCUCCUUUCCCAGUCAGUCAGCUGGACGGUCCACUCACCUCUCCUUUCCCAGACAGUCAGCUGGACGGUCCACUCACCUCUCCUUUCCCAGACAGUCAGCUGGACGGUCCACUCACCUCUCCUUUCCCAGACAGUCAGCUGGACGGUCCACUCACCUCUCCUUUCCCAGUCAGUCAGCUGGACGGUCCACUCACCUCUCCUUUCCCAGACAGUCAGCUGGACGGUCCACUCACCUCUCCUUCCCAGGACAAGGGUCACCCUUAGUAAGCUGGACGGUCCACUCACCUUCCUUUCCCAGUCAGUCAGCUGGACGGUCCACUCACCUCUCCUUUCCCAGACAGUCAGCUGGACGGUCCACUCACCUCUCCUUUCCCAGACAGACAGUCAGCUGGACGGUCCACUCACCUCUCCUUUCCCAGACAGUCAGCUGGAUGGUCCACUCACCUCUCCUUUCCCAGACAGUCAGCUGGACGGUCCACUCACCUCUCCUUUCCCAGACAGUCAGCUGGACGGUCCACUCACCUCUCCUUUCCCAGACAGUCAGCUGGACGGUCCACUCACCUCUCCUUUCCCAGACAGUCAGCUGGAUGGUCCACUCACCUCUCCUUUCCCAGACAGCCAGCUGGAUGGUCCACUCACCUCUCCUUUCCCAGACAGUCAGCUGGACGGUCCACUCACCUCUCCUUUCCCAGACAGUCAGCUGGACGGUCCACUCACCUCUCCUUUCCCAGACAGACAGUCAGCUGGACAGUCCACUCACCUCUCCUUUCCCAGUCAGUCAGCUGGACGGUCCACUCACCUCUCCUUUCCCAGUCAGUCAGCUGGACGGUCCACUCACCUCUCCUUUUCCAGACAGUCAGCUGGACGGUCCACUCACCUCUCCUUUCCCAGACAGACAGUCAGCUGGACGGUCCACUCACCUCUCCUUUCCCAGACAGUCAGCUGGACGGUCCACUCACCUCUCCUUUCCCAGACAGACAGUCAGCUGGACGGUCCACUCACCUCUCCUUUCCCAGACAGACAGUCAGCUGGACGGUCCACUCACCUCUCCUUUCCCAGUCAGUCAGCUGGACUGUCCACUCACCUCUCCUUUCCCAGACAGUCAGCUGGACGGUCCACUCACCUCUCCUUUCCCAGACAGACAGUCAGCUGGACGGUCCACUCACCUCUCCUUUCCCAGUCAGUCAGCUGGACGGUCCACUCACCUCUCCUUUCCCAGACAGUCAGCUGGACGGUCCACUCAACUCUCCUUUCCCAGUCAGUCAGCUGGACGGUCCACUCACUCUCCUUUCCCAGUCAGUCAGCUGGACGGUCCACUCACCUCUCCUUUCCCAGUCAGUCAGCUGGACGGUCCACUCACCUCUCCUUUCCCAGACAGUCAGCUGGACGGUCCACUCACCUCUCCUUUCCCAGACAGACAGUCAGCUGGACGGUCCACUCACCUCUCCUUUCCCAGACAGACAGUCAGCUGGACGGUCCACUCACCUCUCCUUUCCCAGACAGACAGUCAGCUGGACGGUCCACUCACCUCUCCUUUCCCAGACAGACAGUCAGCUGGACGGUCCACUCACCUCUCCUUUCCCAGACAGACAGUCAGCUGGACGGUCCACUCACCUCUCCUUUCCCAGACAGUCAGCUGGACUGUCCACUCACCUCUCCUUUCCCAGACAGUCAGCUGGACUGUCCACUCACCUCUCCUUUCCCAGACAGUCAGCUGGACGGUCCACUCACCUCUCCUUUCCCAGACAGUCAGCUGGACGGUCCACUCACCUCUCCUUUCCCAGACAGACAGUCAGCUGGACGGUCCACUCACCUCUCCUUUCCAGACAGUCAGUCAGCUGGACGGUUCCACUCACCUCUCCUUUCCCAGUCAGUCAGCUGGACGGUCCACUCACCUCUCCUUUCCCAGUCAGUCAGCUGGACGGUCCACUCACCUCUCCUUCCCAGACAGUCAGUCAGCUGGACGGUCACUCACCCCUCUCCUUUCCCAGACAGACAGUCAGCUGGACGGUCCACUCACCUCUCCUUUCCCAGUCAGUCAGUCAGCUGGACUGUCCACUCACCUCUCCUUGCCCAGACAGUCAGCUGGACGGUCCACUCACCUCUCCUUUCCCAGACAGUCAGUCAGCUGGACGGUCCACUCACCUCUCCUUUCCCAGUCAGUCAGCUGGACGGCCCACUCACCUCUCCUUUCCCAGACAGGCAGCUGGACGGUCCACUCACCUCUCCUUCCCAGUCAGUCAGCUGGACGGCCCACUCACCUCUCCUUUCCAGACAGUCAGCUGGACGGUCCACUCACCUCUCCUUUCCCAGACAGGACAGUCAGCUGGACGGUCCACUCACCUCUCCUUCCCAGUCAGUCAGCUGGACGGUCCACUCACCUCUCCUUACCCAGUCCAGUCAGCUGGACGGUCCACUCACCUCUCCUUUUCCCAGACAGUCAGUCAGCUGGACGGUCCACUCACCUCUCCUUUCCCAGACAGUCAGUCAGCUGGACGGUCCACUCACCUCUCCUUUCCCAGACAGUCAGUCAUGGACGGUCCACUCACCUCUCCUUUCCCAGACAGACAGUCAGCUGGACGGUCCACUCACCUCUCCUUUCCCAGUCAGUCAGUCAGCUGGACUGUCCACUCACCUCUCCUUUCCCAGACAGUCAGCUGGACGGUCCACUCACCUCUCCUUUCCCAGACAGUCAGUCAGCUGGACGGUCCACUCACCUCUCCUUUCCCAGUCAGUCAGCUGGACGGCCCACUCACCUCUCCUUUCCCAGACAGGCAGCUGGACGGUCCACUCACCUCUCCUUUCCCAGUCAGUCAGCUGGACGGCCCACUCACCUCUCCUUUCCCAGACAGUCAGCUGGACGGUCCACUCACCUCUCCUUUCCCAGACAGUCAGCUGGACGGUCCACUCACCUCUCCUUUCCCAGACAGACAGUCAGCUGGACGGUCCACUCACCUCUCCUUUCCCAGUCAGUCAGCUGGAUGGUCCACUCACCUCUCCUUUCCCAGUCAGUCAGCUGGACGGUCCACUCACCUCUCCUUUCCCAGUCAGUCAGCUGGACGGUCCACUCACCUCUCCUUUUCCAGACAGUCAGCUGGACGGUCCACUCACCUCUCCUUUCCCAGACAGACAGUCAGCUGGACGGUCCACUCACCUCUCCUUUCCCAGACAGUCAGCUGGACGGUCCACUCACCUCUCCUUUCCCAGACAGACAGUCAGCUGGACGGUCCACUCACCUCUCCUUUCCCAGACAGACAGUCAGCUGGACGGUCCACUCACCUCUCUUUUCCCAGUCAGUCAGCUGGACUGUCCACUCACCUCUCCUUUCCCAGACAGUCAGCUGGACGGUCCACUCACCUCUCCUUUCCCAGACAGACAGUCAGCUGGACGGUCCACUCACCUCUCCUUUCCCAGACAGACAGUCAGCUGGACGGUCCACUCACCUCUCCUUUCCCAGACAGUCAGCUGGACGGUCCACUCAACUCUCCUUUCCCAGUCAGUCAGCUGGACGGUCCACUCACCUCUCCUUUCCCAGUCAGUCAGCUGGACGGUCCACUCACCUCUCCUUUCCCAGUCAGUCAGCUGGACGGUCCACUCACCUCUCCUUUCCCAGUCAGUCAGCUGGACGGUCCACUCACCUCUCCUUUCCCAGACAGUCAGCUGGACGGUCCACUCACCUCUCCUUUCCCAGACAGACGUCAGCUGGACGGUCCACUCACCUCUCCUUUCCCAGACAGACAGUCAGCUGGACGGUCCACUCACCUCUCCUUUCCCAGACAGACAGUCAGCUGGACGGUCCACUCACCUCUCCUUUCCCAGACAGACAGUCAGCUGGACGGUCCACUCACCUCUCCUUUCCCAGACAGACAGUCAGCUGGACGGUCCACUCACCUCUCCUUUCCCAGACAGACAGUCAGCUGGACGGUCCACUCACCUCUCCUUUCCCAGACAGUCAGCUGGACUGUCCACUCACCUCUCCUUUCCCAGACAGUCAGCUGGACGGUCCACUCACCUCUCCUUUCCCAGACAGUCAGCUGGACGGUCCACUCACCUCUCCUUUCCCAGACAGUCAGCUGGACGGUCCACUCACCUCUCCUUUCCCAGACAGACAGUCAGCUGGACGGUCCACUCACCUCUCCUUUCCCAGACAGUCAGUCAGCUGGACGGUCCACUCACCUCUCCUUUCCCAGACAGUCAGUCAGCUGGACGGUCCACUCACCUCUCCUUUCCCAGUCAGUCAGCUGGACGGUCCACUCACCUCUCCUUUCCCAGACAGUCAGUCAGCUGGACGGUCCACUCACCUCUCCUUUCCCAGACAGUCAGCUGGACGGUCCACUCACCUCUCCUUUCCCAGACAGACAGACAGUCAAGCUGGACGGUCCACUCACCUCUCCUUUCCCAGGACAGACAGUCAGCUGGACGGUCCCCCACUCACCUCUCCUUUCCCAGUCAGUCAGUCAGCUGGACUGUCCACUCACCUCUCCUUUCCCAGACAGUCAGCUGGACGGUCCCACUCACCUCUCCUUUCCCAGACAGUCAGUCAGCUGGACGGUCCACUCAACCUCUCCUUUCCCAGUUCAGUCAGCUGGACGGCCCACUCACCUCUCCUUUCCCAGGACAGUCAGCUGGGACGGUUCCACUCACCUCUCCUUUCCCAGUCAGUCAGCUGGACGGCCCACUCACCUCUCCUUUCCCAGACAGUCAGCUGGACGGUCCACUCACCUCUCCUUUCCCAGACAGUCAGUCAGCUGGACGGCCCACUCACCUCUCCUUUCCCAGACAGUCAGCUGGACGGUCCACUCACCUCUCCUUUCCCGACAGACAGUCAGCUGGACGGUCCACUCACUCUCCUUUCCCAGUCAGUCAGCUGGACGGUCCACUCACCUCUCCUUUCCCAGUCAGUCAGCUGGACGGUCCACUCACCUCUCCUUUCCCAGUCAGUCAGCUGGACUGUCCACUCACCUCUCCUUUCCCAGUCAGUCAGCUGGACGGUCCACUCACCUCUCCUUUCCCAGACAGACAGUCAACUGGACGGUCCACUCACCUCUCCUUUCCCAGACAGACAGUCAGCUGGACGGUCCACUCACCUCUCCUUUCCCAGUCAGUCAGCUGGACGGUCCACUCACCUCUCCUUUCCCAGACAGACAGUCAACUGGACGGUCCACUCACCUCUCCUUUCCCAGACAGACAGUCAACUGGACGGUCCACUCACCUCUCCUUUCCCAGACAGACAGUCAGCUGGACGGUCCACUCACCUCUCCUUUCCCAGACAGACAGUCAGCUGGACGGUCCACUCACCUCUCCUUUCCCAGACAGUCAGCUGGACUGUCCACUCACCUCUCCUUUCCCAGUCAGUCAGCUGGACUGUCCACUCACCUCUCCUUUCCCAGAAAGACUGUCAGCUGGACGGUCCACUCACCUCUCCUUUCCCAGACAGUCAGUCAGCUGGACGGUCCUCUCACCUCUCCUUUCCCAGUCAGACAGUCAGCUGGACGGUCCACUCACCUCUCCUUUCCCAGUCAGUCAGCUGGACGGUCCACUCACCUCUCCUUUCCCAGACAGUCAGCUGGACGGUCCACUCACCUCUCCUUUCCCAGUCAGUCAGCUGGACGGUCCACUCACCUCUCCUUUCCCAGACAGACAGUCAGCUGGACGGUCCACUCACCUCUCCUUUCCCAGACAGUCAGCUGGACGGUCCACUCACCUCUCCUUUCCCAGUCAGUCAGCUGGACGGUCCACUCACCUCUCCUUUCCCAGACAGUCAGUCAGCUGGACGGUCCACUCACCUCUCCUUUCCCAGACAGUCAGUCAGCUGGACGGUCCACUCACCUCUCCUUUCCCAGACAGUCAGCUGGACGGUCCACUCACCUCUCCUUUCCCAGACAGUCAGCUGGACGGUCCACUCACCUCUCCUUUCUCAGACAGUCAGUCAGCUGGACGGUCCACUCACCUCUCCUUCCCAGACAGUCAGCUGGACGGUCCACUCACCUCUCCUUUCCCAGACAGUCAGCUGGACGGUCCUCUCACCUCUCCUUUCCCAGACAGUCAGUCAGCUGGACGGUCCACUCACCUCUCCUUUCCCAGACAGUCAGCUGGACGGUCCACUCACCUCUCCUUUCCCAGACAGUCAGUCAGCUGGACGGUCCACUCACUCUCCUUUCCCAGACAGACAGUCAGCUGGACGGUCCACUCACCUCUCCUUUCCCAGACAGAUAGACAGUCAGCUGGACGGUCCACUCACCUCUCCUUUCCCAGACAGACAGUCAGCUGGACGGUCCACUCACCUCUCCUUUCCCAGACAGACAGUCAGCUGGACGGUCCACUCACCUCUCCUUUCCCAGACAGACAGUCAGCUGGACGGUCCACUCACCUCUCCUUUCCCAGACAGACAGUCAGCUGGACGUGCCACUCACCUCUCCUUUCCCAGUCAGUCAGCUGGACGGUCCACUCACCUCUCCUUUCCCAGACAGGACAGUCAGUGGGACGGUCCACUCACCUUUCCUUUCCCAGAACAGUCAGUCAGACUGGAUGGUCCACUCACCUCUCCUUUCCCCAGUUGUCAGUCAGCUGGACGGUCCACUCACCUCUCCUUCCCAGUCAGUCAGCUGGACGGUCACAUCACCUCUCCUUUCCCAGUCAGUCAGCUGGACGGUCCACUCACCUCUCCUUUUCCCCAG